GUUGGACUUCAUAUGCACACACAGACUGGAUUUCAAGUAUUAUAUUUCGUUGCCUUAAGUAAACCUUGGAUAUAAAUGUAUGGUCACAACAAAGAAACAAAGGGAAUUUGCCGCUGAUCACUGAAGACUAGCCACUGCCGACCAUACUGGAUCUGAACUGAGAUGCUUAACAUGAUGAUGGUCUUGACACUUACCAUUUUCCUAGUGACCUGUUCUUUUGCACAAAUAGAGCAUGUAAAAAAUGAAACAAUUAAGCCAAGCAAAACAGCAGAAAAUGGAGUUAAACCACUUCCUUCAUUGAGGCCAACCACAAUGCCAGACAAGAAAGUGAAACCAUUCCCUGUAGUGACACCAAUGAAGAUGUCAGGCAAGGAAGGGAAAUUAUUCUCUUCAGUGAUGCCAGCCAAGACACUGAUAAAAGACAUGAGGCCAUUUCUUUCAGUGUCUCCAACCAAGAUGUCAGGCAAGGAAGAUAAUUUAUUCUCUCCAGUAAUGCCAACAAAGACAACAUGGAAAGAAGUUAAACCAUUCCCUUCAGUGACACUAAGCAAAAUUUCAGACAAGGAAGAGAAAUUAUUUUUUUCGGUAAUGCCAUCCAAAACACCAGGCAAGGAUGUAAAAUCAUUCUGCUCAGUGAUACCAACCAAGACACCAGUAAAAGAAAUUAACCCAUUCCUUUCAGUGACACCAAUCAAGAUAGCAGACAAGGAACAGAAAUUGUUAUCUUCAGUAAUGCCAACCAAGACAUCAGGCAACAAAGUAAAAUCAGCCUCUCCAGUGAUGCCAACCAAGAUAUUAGGAAAGGAAGUAAAACCAUUCUCUUCAGCAAUGCCAAUCAAGACACCAGUAAAAGAAAUGAAACCAUUCCCUUCAGUGACACCAACCGACAUGUCAGCCAAGGAAGAAGCAAAAAUUAUUCUCUUCAGUGAAACCAGCUGA